CAAUGCAAACAGCAUUUAAAUCUCUCUUGUUGAUAUUUUGCCCUAAGGUUUCCGAGUGUAUUACACCUCUAAAAUUAGUGAACAAUAAAUUUUACGACUUAAAAAAGCCUUCGACAAUAAAUCAAGGAUUGUUGGAUUGCAAUUACUUUUUGUGAACGCAUAUUAUUGUAUUUUUGCGGGAUACUGUGUCAAUAAAGAUGGCUGUUGAAAAGUUGUAUGAAAGUGAUAAUUAUUUGAUCGUAAACAAGCCUUACGACAUGUACAUCAACUCGGAUGAUGAGCACGAGAAGAACACAGUGACAUACCACAUAGCUUCACCGGACUCUCAUCUUUCGUCAUCUUUAUUCCCACUUCACUUCGUUCAACGGUUGGAUUAUGCUACAAGCGGCGUGUUAUGUAUCGCCAAGAACAAAUCGUCCGCCGCCCGGGCAGGGAAAUUGUUCGAACAGCGGAUAACGAAGAAGUAUUAUCUCGCUGUUGUAAGGGGUCACGUGACUUUUGAAGUUGCCGAUAUUGAAUUUAACGUUGGUGUUGACCCCUCCACAGCGGACUCGAGUCAUCGCAUGUCAGCACUAAUCACUAGCGAAGCAUCCGUGAGAUGUGUCCAAUCGCGACACGCACACACGCGUGCCCUGCGUCUAGAAACAGGCUACUACGACAAUAGCCCUGUCACAAUUUUGUUGCUCAAACCUAUUACAGGCCGCCGCCAUCAACUACGUGUGCAUUGCAGCGCUGUUGGGCACACAAUACUCGGCGAUUACACGUACAGUGGAACCAAGGACAGUUUGCCCCAUCGAAUGUACCUACAUGCUACUAGGUUAAUAUUGCCUCUCCCUGACGAAGACUUGGACAUACAGACUCCAGAACCUUUCUUCUCGGACCCAAGAUUUAGCUCCAAAUGGAAGUCUGAGACAGCGUAUUACAAAUACCGAAGUAAAGAAGAUUUUCAGUCCGUCUGCGAUAUUUUAGACAAAUCUUAUGUAAUAGGUGUUCAGUACAAAAUCUUUAAAAUGUAAUCUU